AUGUCGUGGUUGUUCGGCUAUGGGAAGCCACUCUCAACGGAUGGUCCUUCAGUUGCUCUUGGAGGUGCACCUGAAUUGCCAGUACCUAAAAAGGAAUCUGCUCCAAAUGAGGACACGGUUUCAAGUUAUCGAUUCGAUUCUGCGGCUCUCGAGCGAGCUGCCAAGGCCGCUAGAGAAUUAGAAUCAUCGAAACAUGCAAAGGAAGCUUUUGAGCUUUCACAGAGUCAUGAGCGUACUCUUCAAAAGGAAUACGAGGAAUAUGAGCUAGGUAUGGAGCAAUUAAAAAUGCAGCAAUAUAAAACGCAGCAAGAAGAAAGACGGAAGACAUUGGAGGAGGAAGCCCGCAUACAGAAACAACGAGCGGACUAUCAGGAUAUGCUUGCUCGCAAGCGUCAGGAGGACCAAUUAGCGUUACAAGCUCGGAUGCAGGAAGAGUCAUUGAAGAAACAAGAGGAAUCAGUUAAAAGACAAGAAGCUCUUAGACGAAGUACCAUCGAGUUUGAGUCCGAGUUGCGACACAAAAACGAGAUGAAACAGAUUGAAGCGAAGCUGCGUGGCGAAGCACAAGUAGAACGAGAAAAUCGCGAGAUAAGACUAGAGCGAGCUAGGCUUGAGGCAAAAGAAAAUCGCCAAACAAUCUUAGAGUCAAUUUCUACUGUAGGUUCUGUCUUGGGCAAUGGAUUUAACGCAUUUCUGUCGGAGCGGAGUAAGGUUGCAACUGCCGUGGGGUCGCUUACUCUGCUUGCUGGCGGAGUCUAUGGCGCAAAGUACGGUAUUGGCACCAUGGCUAAGUUUGCUGAGGCCCGAAUCGGCAAACCUUCGCUCGUGCGCGAGACCUCACGCUUAAACGUUGUGGACGCGUUCCGCCAUCCCAUUCUCAGCACGCAACGAUUACUAUCAAGGCCUUCUGAUCCUCUCUCCGGAAUUAUUUUGAACGUAAGUAUCAGCAUUUUUAUGCAGCUUUUUCCCGUUCGCUUCAUCAUCAAACUUGUUUCAACUCACUUCAUUCAGCUAGUUUCACCUUGGUUACUCCAGUGA